AUGGAGAGGCGAGGCUCUUUCGUGCUUUCUGCUGUGUUCGUGUCCGUCCACGGUGUCAAGGAGGGCCGAAUUGUUGGUGAUUGUUUUUUUCGGCCUGAUAAUAUCGGCGUUUUUAUCCCCGACCACGGACGAAAAUGCGGCGAGGCUGAGAAAUCACCACCACCACUGUUUUUAUCAGCCGACCUGUCGCGUCCCUCGCGGAAGGAGCGUGUCUGGGCUCCGGCGUGGAUGACAAGGAAAAAUAGGCCACAUAUAACAGCCGAGCAUGCCUGCCUUGUCGACUGGGGUGACAACACCGUCUGGGCAGCCCAGCAAACACGUCCUCGCAAAGCUCCGACCUUUAUAUCGCGAUCCUCUGGCAUGAUGGAACAUCAGCACAUCCUCCUCCUCGGCGCAACAGGCGCAUCGGGCCUCGUAUUCAUCGAUGUGGUUCUACAGAUGCCUGACCCUCAAAGGCCAUUCUUGACAUUAUAUGUUCGGCCGGGCUCAAGGUCGAAACUGCCUGAAUCGGUACUGGAGACGUCGCAGCAAAGCGAAGGGAAGGGCGCAACCACCCAGUCCAAGAUACAUCCAUCACGCAUACGUAUUGUCGAAGGACAUCUGGACGAUGUGAAUGCCUUGAGAGCCGCACUCUCUACAUCCGAAUUGGACACUGCCAAUGUUAGUGCUACCACCUUCCCACAUGUGACUACCAUCGUAUCGUUCCUCGGCGCCUACAUUUCCCUCAAAGCGAUCUUCACGCGCGACACCACACAUCCGAUCGUGGAUUCUUUCCGGACGGCGAUCCUGCCGGCCAUCAAGGCAUGUUGCGUGCAUCAUCGACCGUGUCGCAUCAUGGUGCUGAGCACGCCGACGGCAUUUGUGUAUCCGGCCGAGAACCAGUCAAUGUCUUGGAAAUGGUGGCUGUAUACGUUGAUCCCGGCGCUUUUUGCGCCGCAAGGGAAUGCGGAGAUGAAGGGGAUAGCGGACGCCGUUGUUGAAGCCGGAAACGGAGACGGAGAGGGAACAGCUGCGGACACGGAAGGCGAAAGAGGGAGGGGAAAUGGAGAUGCAGGUGCAGGUGCUGGAGAUCUGGAAUGGACGGUCUUCCGUGUCCCGCAUUUGACGGAUGGCAAUCCAGACGCCGAGGUUGUCGCGGGAUUCCUCGAUCGACAGUUCACAGGCACCACGGAAUUGAGUAGGCGCAGUCUGGUGCGAUGGGUGUUGCGCGAGAUUGAGGAGAGGAAGUGGAUUCGACGGGCGCCUAUGUUGGGGAAUGCAUGA